GCCCCCACCGGACACGGCCCCCGCCCUGCAAGCCCAGCGUGGUCCGCCUGUGCCCCACCAUGGAGGACCUGGAUGCCCUGCUCUCUGACCUGGAGACCACCACCUCACACAUGCCGCGGCCAGGGGCUCCAAAAGAGCGACCCCCAGAGCCCCUCACGUCUCCCCUGCCCUAUGGCCACCAGCCACAGGUGGGGACUGGGGAGUCUUCCGGCUCUGGGGACAAGGACCAUCUAUACAGUACGGUAUGCAAGCCUCAGUCCCCAAAGCCUGCGGCCCCUGCGGCUCCUCCAUUCUCCUCUUCCAGCGGUGUCCUGGGCUCGGGACUGUGUGAGCUAGACCGGUUGCUUCAGGAACUUAAUGCUACUCAGUUCAACAUCACAGAUGAAAUAAUGUCUCAGUUCCCAUCUAGCAAGGAGACCGCCGGGGAGCAGAAGGAGGACCAGUCUGAGGACAAGAAAAGGCCCAGCCUACCUCCCAGCCCAUCCCCUGUUCUCCCAAAGCCUUCGGCCACCUCGGCCACCCUGGAGCUGGACAGACUGAUGGCCUCACUCUCUGACUUCCGAGUCCAGAACCAUCUUCCAGCUCCUGGGCCAACCCAGACACCGGUGCCAAGCUCCGUGAACGAGGGCUCCCCAUCCCCACCGGGGCCCGCAAGCAAAGGCAGCCUAGACACCAUGCUGGGGCUGCUGCAGUCCGACCUCAGCCGCCGUGGCAUUCCCACCCAGGCCAAGGGCCUCUGUGGCUCCUGCAACAAACCCAUCGCUGGGCAAGUGGUGACUGCGCUGGGGCGCGCUUGGCACCCUGAGCACUUCGUUUGUAGUGGCUGUUCCACCGCCCUGGGAGGCAGCAGCUUUUUCGAAAAGGAUGGAGCCCCCUUCUGCCCUGAGUGCUACUUCGAGCGCUUCUCCCCGCGAUGUGGCCUCUGCAAUCAACCCAUUCGACAUAAGAUGGUUACUGCCCUGGGCACCCACUGGCACCCGGAGCAUUUCUGCUGCGUCAGCUGCGGGGAGCCCUUCGGAGAGGAGGGUUUCCACGAGCGCGAGGGCCGCCCCUACUGCCGCCGGGACUUCCUGCAGCUGUUCGCCCCGCGCUGCCAGGGCUGCCAGGGCCCCAUCCUGGACAACUACAUCUCGGCGCUCAGCGCGCUCUGGCACCCGGACUGCUUCGUCUGCAGGGAGUGCUUCGCGCCCUUCUCUGCGGGCAGCUUCUUCGAGCACGAGGGCCGCCCGCUGUGCGAGAACCAUUUCCACGCGCGGCGCGGCUCGCUGUGCGCCACGUGUGGCCUCCCGGUGACCGGCCGCUGCGUGUCGGCCCUGGGCCGGCGCUUCCACCCGGACCACUUCACCUGCACCUUCUGCCUGCGCGCGCUCACCAAGGGCUCCUUCCAGGAGCGCGCCGGCAAGCCCUACUGCCAGCCCUGCUUCCUCAAGCUCUUCGGCUGACCCUCCCCAAACGCCCCCCCACCCCCCACCGGUGCUGUGCCCGCCCCAAGGCCGCGCU